GGUUGCGGGAAACGCGUCGGGGCGCGAAAGGGAAAUCCAGCGAUGAGUGCAGCGCUAUCCCGCGAGGGCAGACAGGCCCGCCAGGUCGGCACUUUGAAUUCCGCGCGGCGAUGGCUGCUGGUGGCGGCGGUUUUGGUCCUACAGGCCAGAAGCUUUGUUGGCAUCACAGGCCCGGUAUCCUUGUCGCGGAUACCCCUCAGAGCCGGCGAGGAUGAGCUGCCUGAAGCCCCUCCUGGCGGGCGGGUGCUCCACGUGGAGUUCUGUAUGCACUGCAAGUAUUUGCCGCAAUAUCUCAAGUUGAGGAAGGCAUUGGCAGACCGUUUCGGAGAGCGUGUGCUUUGCUUCGCCAAUCACGAGGACACGCUCCAGGAGCUUUGCGGCCAGGGGACGAGCCGUUCCGGGGCCUUCGAGGUGGUGGACGUGAAGACCAAGGAGCUGCUGUACACCAAGCUGGGCAGUGGUGUGCACAUCACUGAGAGGCAGGAGUGGAUGGAUAAGCUCUUGGAGGAUGUUGAGAAGCUAAGCCAAGAGGACACCUCUGAGCUGCUGUAAGGCGCAGAAAAGGAAA